AUGCCGCAUUUAAGGAUCGAAACGAAUGUAUCCAAAAGUAAAAUACCUGAAGACUUCGUUACUAAAGCAAUUCCAAUUUUAGCGAAUAGUCUUGGGAAACCUGCUCAGUUUUGUGUGGUCUCCAUUAUACCUGAUGUUCAAAUGUGUUUUGGUGGUUCCAAUGCUCCAUGUGCCACGGCAAGCUUAAUGUCAAUUGGGGCUCUUGGUCUGAAUGAAAACAAAAAACAUUCAAAAGUUUUGUUUGAAUUGAUUGAAAAAGAGCUGGGUGUUCCUAAAGACAGAAUGUAUAUAACAUACCAAAAUGAACCGUCCUCUAAUGUUGGUUUCAAGGGUACAACUUUCCAUGACAUUAUUGGAUAA